AUGAUGAAGUCCGACGAUAUCUCAACGAGUGAAAUCACUCUCACAUCCGGGAUCGACGGGGUCUCAGACUAUCAGCAGUAUCUGGAGAAGACCAGUCGAAGGAAUAGCCGAGGAGAUCCUUCUCUUGCCCAAUCUUCACCCACCGGAAACGGCGAGAUCCAGAGACACAACUCCUUGGUGGGUACACCCACUCCUACGCUCGAUAAAGAGGUUCAGCUCGCAGUUCCCGGUAUUCCAAUGCUUGAGGGGAGAAGACCUGCCCAUGCACGCAAGGAGCGGAAAUUGCGCCCACACAGAGUCGACGCUGCCGAGGAUCCCCACGAAUAUCCUGGACCUCUUGCCCUCUCCUUCCUCACAGUUGGCAUAUGUCUGUCUGUUUUCCUUGUCUCGCUCGACAGGACGAUUGUCGCUACGGCCAUACCGCGCAUCACCGACGAUUUCCACUCCUCUGACGAUGUUGGCUGGUACGGCAGCGCGUACCUGGUCACAGCUGGCGCUCUCCAGCCUAUCUAUGGGCGUAUAUUCAUCAUGUUCAACAUAAAGUGGUCUUUUCUUUGUGCCUUGGGCAUCUUCGAGCUUGGAAGUCUCAUCUGUGGAGUUGCACCCGAUUCUGUCACACUCAUCGUUGGUAGAGCCAUUGCUGGAUGGGGGAGUGCCGGCAUCUUAACAGGGUCAUUUGUUGUGGUUGCGCAUGCUGUACCGCUGCAGAGAAGACCGUUGUUCUCGGCGGCUGUUGGGGUAAUGUUUGGACUGGGAGCUAUAGUUGGUCCCUUGUUAGGUGGUGCGUUCACUGAUUUUGUCACAUGGCGUUGGUGUUUUUACAUCAACCUUCCUGUUUGUGGUGCCACUGUGGUCUCCAUGAUCCUUCUUUUUGGGCCACACAAGGAUGUCCAACAGAGCGACAAGCCGUUGCUGGAGAAGAUACUCGCCCUUGACCUCAUCGGCAAUUUUCUUCUGAUCGUGGCAGCCGUUAUGCUGUUCCUGGCCUUACAAUUCAAUGAGCAAUAUUGGGCUUGGGGUAGUCCCCGAAUUAUCGGUCUGUUGGUUGGCUCUGGGGUUACCGCAAUCAUCUUUGUCCUUUGGCAAUGGCGACAGGAUGACAGGGCGCUUCUUCCACCGAGCAUCGUUCUCCAACGUAGCGUGGCGGCCAGCUGCUUGGGCGCCUUCUUUAUCUACGGGACCUUCCUCAUCCAUGCUUAUUAUCUUCCCAUCUGGUUUCAAGCCGUCAAAAACGAUACUGCGAUCAUGUCUGGAGUCUCUGUGAUAGCGUACGUGAUAAGCAACGCACUCUUUUCAGUCAUCGCUGGUAUCUCCGUCAGCAAAGUUGGCUACUUUGCUCCUCCGGCCAUCAUCGGCGCGGCCAUCGGAACUGUGGGAUGUGGUUUGCUCUCCACACUUCAAGUAGAUAGUGGCCCAGGGCAAUGGGUGGGCUACCAAGUCGUUACGUCAGCUGGACUCGGCAUGGCUGUCCAACAGGGUGUCAUUGCCGUCCAAACCGUCCUCACUUUGGAACAAAUCCCAAUUGGCAUCGCUGCUAUUAUUAGCAUGCAGAGUUUAGGCGGAGCUAUUUUCGUCUCGGUGGGAAACAAUAUACUGCAGAAUAUCUUGGACGAAGCGUCCGCAGCGAAUAACCUGCCAGGCAUAGAUGUCAAAGCCGUCAUUGCCGCUGGAGCAACACAAUUCCGCUCCAUCGUGCCUGCAGAAUCUCUGCCUGCUUUGCUGAUCGCCUACAAUUUCGCUCUUCAAAGAGUCUUUAUCGCUGCGAUCCCUCUUUCCGGUCUCGCCUUCAUUGUCGCACUGGGGCUUGAAUGGAGGAGCGUCAGGGUCAAGAAACCUACGCUCGAGGCUGCCGUGGGACCGGCGACCGAGUACAGCGUCAAUGGAGAAAACCUAGAAGCUUUGCAGUCACGACGGCGAAGUGCGGAGAGCACCACGACAACGAAGAGUCGAGAAAAGACUAGUUUCGAGACAGCGAGAACAUCGCUGCAGUGCGAGUUGCCUGACCUGCCUGAGGCGGCGCAUCCUAGGCAGAGUAAGAUUUCUAUUCCGGGUUCGUGGUGCGAUUAA